AGUGUCAAUGGCGAAAAUAUAGACAAAAAAUGGCCAAAGGGAACCCAUGUCCUCGAGCAUAUUAUAGAUGCAUUAUGGCAGUUGGUUGCCCAGUUCGCAAACAAGUUCAACGUUGUGCUGAGGAUAAAACAAUUUUGGUUACAACUUACGAAGGUACACAUAACCAUCCACUACCACCUGCCGCUAUGGCCAUGGUGUCAACCACAACAGCUGCUGCUAGCAUGUUACUGUCAAGGUCAAUGUCCAAUGCAGAUGGAAUUAUGAACCCCAAGUUGGUGAAGAAGCGUUGAGGAUGGGUGCCUUGAAGAAGUGCAGAUAAUGGUGGAAGAAAGAGAAAAAUUUGGAGAUAGUUAAUGGUGAGAGAAAUAGGAAGAGAGAGAAAAAAAAAGUGUCAGGAAGUAGUGCAUAAGAGAGAGAAGAAAAGUACAAUCAAGUUAACACCGUUCUAUCUAUUUAACGGAAGGGACCUAUUAAAAGCAAAAUUAAUAACUUGAGGAC